AUGGAAUGUAAACAAGAAGAAGCAAUUAUCUUAAAGCGAAAGUCGUUGAAUAUUCUACGAAUUUAUGACGAUAACAACAGUGAAAUAUUGAAUCAAAAAACAAAGAGUGGAGGUAUUGUUGCUGAUCAUAGGGUGAAGGAAGUCUGGGAGAAAGGCUAUACUGGUGAUGGUGUUACUGUUGCUGUGGUUGAUGGAGGACUAAGGUAUACGCACAUGGAGUUUGCAGGACGAUAUGAUCCCUCAUUAAGUCGUGACUAUGUAGACAACGAUCUCGAACCAAACAAAACAGAUGAACAUGGUACAAACUGUGCUGGUGUUAUCGCUGGAGCUGCCAACAAUGGUAUCUGUGGUGUUGGUAUCGCUUACAACGCCAAGAUUGCCGGAAUUCAGUUAACAUCGUCUGGUAUUCCUGAAGACUCAGUUCUUGCUCGAGCAAUAUUUCCGUUUGAUGGUCACGGAAUUGAUGUUUUUUCCUGCAGUUGGGGUCCACCUGACGUAGGCUUUAAAGUGCAGGGCCCAGGGCCUUUAACACGGCGUGCUUUCUUAAAUGGCGUAAUAAAGGGACGAAAUGGUCGCCGAUCGCUGUAUGUUUUCUCAGCUGGAAAUGGAGUUUUCUUUGGCGACAACUGUGCUUUUAAUGGUUUUGUAAACAAUAUUCACACAAUUGGUGUUGCUGCUCUGGACAAAAACGGAAAACCAAUACUCAGUUCUGAGCCAUGUAGUGCUGUUAUGACGGCUGCUUUCGCCGAUAAUCUGGAAACUGCAUCCGCUUCAAAUGACCAAGCAUGCUCUUCAUCUUUUGGUCAAACAUCUGGUGCAGCGGCUGUGGUCUCUGAAAUAAUAGCUCUUGGUCUGCAAGCUAGAAAAUCACUUACAUGGCGUGCUGUGCAUCAUCUCAUAAGGAAAUCAAGCAGAAUGGACGUCAUUGAUAAAUCUGUUGUACCAAUUUUAAAUAAAGCUGGUUUUCAAGUGAAUAAUCAAGUCGGCUUCGGAUUGUUGAUGCUUCGAUGUUUGCAAACAACGCUGAGAAAUUCAACCAUUCUCUGCCACCUCAAUUAAUGUGUGAGGUUGAUGUUGAGAGGCAACCAUUGAGAGCUGAUUCAACCACAUUCAACAUCCUUUUUGAUGGAACUAAAUGUAAUAAUGGAAUUAUAUAUCAUCUGGAGCAUGUUGUUGCUACCUUUAAUUUGGAAUAUUUUAAACUUGGUGUCCUUGGUGCUUACAUUACGUCACCUAAAGGUACUAGGUCAAAGGUUAUUGGUCACCGUGUUUUAGACGCUUUAGCUGGAUACAAACGAUACGAGAAUUUGACGACCCUCACUGUCCAUUUUUGGGGCGAGUCUUCAUUAGGGGAGUGGCGAGUUGUUUUCAAAAAUUAUCUUCCUUCCCAGGGUACCGGGCCCGGCUUAUGCAAACCUAGGUUACCUUUGGUAGAACUCGAGAGCAGAUCAGUGCAAGCCCGAGGUGGAAGGUUGAAGGUUGCACCUGCUUUAUUUCUAUUAUGAAAUAAGAAUAAAGCUAAACAGACAAAUUUCAAAGGACAAGUCUUAAUUUUGCUUUAAAAGAUCAUUGUCUGCCACAAUGCAACGCGCACUCAAAUGAUCUUAGCUGCAAUUUUCUUGCUUGAGUACUCUCUUUGGAUUUCGCUUAACUUUGUAUGGCACAGCAACACCUCCUUUCAACUCAACAUCAACAACAGUAAAGGAAACUUCUCCUACUUCCACGAAGAUGCCAGAUGGUGGAACUUUUUCCUCGCUUAAUAAACAAGUUUCAACUGGAGCUGUCGUGGUGUUGUCUUGGCAGGUGUCUUCGUGUUUUGUUUGCUCGUUGCUUUGAGUCUUUACUGCAUAAAGCGUAUUUAUUCAAGAGAGAGCAAUCCUGUUGACAUCGGCAUGGAAAGUACGCAUGUACAUGUGGAAAGGCUGUCAAUGAAAGUUAUAUUCUCGGAUGUCACUAUCAACCACCAGCUUAGUAAGAAUGGACCUCAAUUCGUUUUGGUGCUUAUUGUUUGACAUUUCAAAGUCAAUGUAUCAACUCGAAUUACCAUACUAGACCAGUUGCAGCAAAGUUGAAAGCGAUUGAAAAGAUUUUUGGUUUUCUGACUUCUUGCUGGUUAUUACUGCUGCAUUGUCGAUGAAUUGAAACCAAUGGAUUGAAUUGAGAAGAUUAUACGAAAAACCGAAUUGACCAUAUUCAUCGGAUUUUUCGUGAUGAAUAAAUGUGUUAGUAAUUACAUUAGGAUUUUUGAUUUAAUUAUUCGCACAUUUACAACUGCAAAUAUCGCUAAGAAAAGGCCAGCAACGACAUCAAUAGGGUUUCAGUUUAAGAUAGAAGGUACAAUCUGGUGAAGACAAGUAAGCCCAUUUUGUGAAGUUUUUCCUUGUUGGCAAAGAAUUGUUAAUGUAGCGAACAGAAAAGUUGAAAAUAUUUUUUGACAAUCUUGACUGGCACGACGACCAUACUUUAUUUGUUUGACGCAAAGAAAAUUUUGCGAUACUUGAAAAGAAAUCAAAAACAAAUCUUAGUUGAAUCACAACCAAAAAGUAAUUACUAAUGACGUAAUGAAGAUAAGGAAUAAUGACUUUAACUACCAAAAUCUGAACAUGCUAAGAUUAUAGAGAUAAUUCUUUUGCAGUAUUUUUGAUGUUUCUUCUCCAUGCCAGUUUUAUCGAACAUAUCUAAGAAACUAGAGCACUCAUUGGCAAAGACACCUAUAAUGUAUUUUUAAAGCGAUUGAUUAGUUUAACAUGUCUGAAACGAUGACUCUGCUCUUUUAUUAAAUGUUUGUAUUUUUCUUCUUUCCGCUUAACUUUGCUGUAAAGAUUAGUUUCGAAACCAAUAGGAAGUUCAAUGACAUAAAGAAAACUGUCCAGAUUUGUGAAAGUAAAGAAAUUGCCCAUGAAAAGAUGCCUCCAUUACCUCAUCCAUUGAUUAGAAUGGCAACCGUUUGAUGAAGAGAUCAAGUUGUUAUUUUUGGAGGUCGAAAGAGGACAGAGAAGCAUAAAAGUGUUUUCAUGUAUGACAGUAGGACAGCUAAGAUCACAGUCUUACCAUCAUGUUGGAAAAGUGAUCCUUAUGUUGUGCAUGGGAUUCAAUUGUUGUCAUGGGAGAUCUUAUCUAUAAAUAUGAAGAACUCAAAUCAAUGGAGUGCAUUAUAAUGGGUAACAAUUGGCCAUGGGCAUAUCUUCCUUCAAUGAGUGAACCACGAUAUGGAGCCAAUGCACACGUUUUGCCCAUCAGGCUGAAUUAAGUCUAAAUUAGAAAGAAACGCCAACAUACAUAUUAUGUGUAGCUAUUGUUGAUUUGGAAAAAUGUCAAGUAAAAUUUUAUGUUUUAUUUCA